ACCGUUAUUUUCGUCACGUCUUAUAAAACAUUCACAUACGUCAAUUGCCUUUUUUAAAAAUAAUUGGUGUUAGUAACCCAGAAACCGCGGGGAUUCCAAGCACGUAACCUAUUACAUCCGAGAAGAACAGAUGAGAUUUUAGUUUUACAUUAUUUUAAAAGCAAGCCUUUCAAACCAAACAGGAACAAAGUUUCGUCGCCUAAUUAGUCAUGGAUGCCGAAGAAUUCUGUUUGAGAUGGAAUAACCAUCACCAUGUUUUAGUUAGUGUUCUUGACAAAUUGUUGGAGAAAGAAUCAAUGUGUGAUGUGACGCUAGCUGCUGACCAUCAAUUUGUAAGGGUUCACAGAUUAGUAUUAUGUGCCUGCAGCAAUUACUUUGAGGAGAUGCUCAGUAAACAAGUUGACAAGCAAGCAUUCAUUUUCUUGAAAGAUGUCAGUUUUCCUGACCUCAGAGCCCUUGUUGAUUACAUGUACAAAGGUGAAGUCAAUGUUGCUCAGGAACAUCUUGCAAGUUUUUUACAGACUGCUGAAGCCCUUGACAUCAAAGGUUUAGCGUAUAAAGAAGGAGAUCAGUCAAAACCCAAGUCAAAUCAAAAUGUUAGGUCUUCUGCUGUGAAAAGGACAUUGAAUGAAUCUGUACCUACUUCAUCAGUUCUAUCAACUUCCAGUAAUCCCCAAAGAAAUGACAAUGAUUCUUCUCAUCCACCUACUCAAAACCAAUCUUCCUCAAGACCUAAGCCACCUCCUGCCAAGAAAGCACACAUUCUACCCUCAGAAUCUCCGACUAAUCCACCGAGCACAGACCCAGAUGACCAUUUUGUUGUUGUUGACACAAAAUUAGAAUCUGAAAUGGACUCGGACCACAUGGAAGAUCAUCUGGAAGACAACGGAACAGAAUGGGCAUCACGAGCAUUAGAUGGCGACGACGAUUGGAGCACAUCUGAUCCCGGCAUGAUAUCUAUUGUACCUAAUUCGACCCGCGAAAUCACUUUCAGCUCUUCUGCAUCGGAAACGAAACUUGUCGACAAUGUUGCCGGUCCAUCAGGAACACAAUCCAAGACCAACAAUUCAUCCAGUACAACAGCAUCUCGAGGUGGUUCUACUGCAUUCCUGAUGGUGUGUCCCAAUUGCUCCAAGCGUUACACACAUCCCAAUUCGUACACGAGGCACGUCAAAAAUGAGUGCAUAGCUGUCGAACCGAAAUUCCCUUGUCUCGAUUGUGGAUCCCGCUUCCGUCGUAAAGCCUACCUCAAAGAUCACAUUUGUCCGAUGAGUCGUGACAGUCGGCUUCUUGUCGAUUUUUCUUCUGGGUCUCUCUAGUGAAAUCCUGAAAGUGCCGGAUGUCUUAACUUUCUCUAGCUUCUAUUCUUUGCUACCUGGCUGCAUCUUUACGAUCUGGCAUGAAUCACAUGAAUCAGAAAAUCCCAUUUAAAAACAUUUCUUUCUCUCUGAUGUAGGCAAGGAGAGGGGCGUUCGUCGCGACCACCAACUCGUCAUCUUCUUGAAAGAAACCCAAGUCGGUAUGCCCGUCUUGUCUGUGUUAACCACAAAGUAAUGUCCUCGUGUUCCACGCACCACCUACCCAAUUCGUUUGGAGUGGAACGAACGACUCAAAUACGUACCCCAAUCGGAGACUCACAUAAUUUUCACGGGUUGGUACUCGCUGGUAGAACAAAACAAAA